AUCAUCAUCCCCUUCAUCAUCCGCCUUUCCCGCAGGAAUUCCUCUCCUGGGAGCCGGAGCUGAGCCCCCUCCCCUGCCCUGGCACCGAGGCAAGUUCUCCGGGCAGUGCCCGUGGAAUUCAGGUCAGAGCAGCCGAACCUGGGAGGUUCUGCUGGUUCUGCUCUGUCCGCGGCAGCGCUCGGGGCUGUUUCGCUUCGGAGCAGGGAGAGGUUCAGGGGGUGAACUUUCCCCCGUGGGCCCGAGAAAGUCGCAGCGUUUCGGGAGGGUUUGAGGGGCAGGGGAGGGUCGGGAUCGCCCUUUGGGAGGUGCUGCCCCAGCCGGGGCCGCUCGAACCAGGCCAGGUGGGCAAAGGGCACCUGGGAGGGAAACGGAGCAGCAAAGAGCCUGUUCUGUUCUGAAUCCCCUUGGAUCCAGGCAGGAACGAGUUACAGCCUGACUUUGAUGAGGAAAUUACAGAGUUUUUUUUAAAAACAAACAGUCCCAUCCCCACCUCCUCCUGUUCCCAAACUUUAAAGAACUUUUCCUGCCCCUGAAAUGAGGGCACUUGCCAGGGGUUCAGGCGUAGAUCAGCACUGGAGCUGGACGUGAAUCAGGUUUUCUUCAGGACUUCUCUGAUUGAGAGCAGGUAAAGCCAGGGGAGAAUCUCAUUUUGGGCAUGUUCUGUUCAAUAAGUUUUCAUGAAAAGGCCAAGCAAGCUGGCAGGGAAACGUAAAUGUGGAAAUUCCUGCUCACAAGGAUUAUUCUGCUGAACCUUGGUGGUGCCACAGGAUGGACUCGCUCAGGCCACGUUGUGGGAAGCUGCUUGGAAAAUCAGGAGCUGAUUGUUGGUAUUUGGAACUUUGCUCAGCGAGGACGCCGAGUUUGGCCUCAUCAUGGCCACGGUGGUGACGGAGAAGCUCAGCCGGCUCUUCAUCAACGUCAGGCAGCUCCCUCAGCUGCUGGGGCCGCUGUCCCUGGGCACGGUGAGCAGCGCCGAGGUGCCGCCGGUGUUCUGGAAGCCCUACAUCCACGGCGGCUACCGGCCCGUGCGCCAGACCUGGCGUUACUACUUCUCCACGCUCUUCCAGCAGCACAACGAGGCCAUCAACGUCUGGUCUCACCUGGCGGCCGCCCUGGGGCUGCUGCUGCGCUUGCAGCACCUCUGGCAGCGCGUGGACUUCGGGCAGGACGCGCACGCCCGGCCGCUGCUCAUCAUCCUGGCCGCCGCCAUCACCUACCUGACCUUCAGCAGCCUCGCCCACCUGCUGCAGGCCAAGUCCGAGUUCUGGCACUACGGCUUCUUCUUCAUGGACUACGUGGGGGUGGCCGUGUACCAGUACGGCAGCGCCCUGGGCCACUUCUACUACGCCAUCGAGCCCGGCUGGCACCGGCGCGUGCAGGGAUUCUUCCUGCCGCUGGCGGCGGCGCUGGCCUGGCUGUCCUGCGCCGGUUCCUGCUACGCCAAGUUCCGCUUCCACCCGUCCUGCCCGCUGCCCGGCCGGCUGUGCCAGGAGCUGCCCUCGGGCCUGGCCUACCUGCUGGACAUCAGCCCCGUGAUCCAUCGCAUCUGCACCGCGGCGCGCCCCGACCCCGCCCUGCUCUACCACAAGUGCCAGGUGCUCUUCUUCCUCAUCGGGGCCUUCUUCUUCUCCCAUCCCUACCCCGAGAAGUGGUUCCCCGGGAAGUGUCACUUUGUGGGGCAGAGCCACCAGAUCUUCCACGUGUUCCUGGUGCUCUGCACGCUGGCGCAGAUCGAGGCCGUGGUGCUGGACUAUGAGUCCAGGAGGGAGAUCUACUCCUCCCUCCAGCGGGGCCUGGCUCACGACUUCUCUGCCCUGUUCCUCGUCACCGUCACCUGCUCUGUCCUCACAGCCACCUACAUGGCCCAGAGGGUGAAGAACAAGCUGGGCCUCAAGGAAGAGUAAAGUGGGCUCAGCCCAACUCCAGCCCCAAGCCCCCAGAUGCUGCUGCAUGAACUCUUACUCAGCAAGUGCUUUCUCUAGGGAAUCAAAGAGAUGCUUUUUAUGCUUUUUUAAUCCAGCCUAAGUUCCAGCUUGCUCGUAGAAUGGUACAUGGGUUCCGUUCACCUCUGAAUAAACAGUUGGAACAAAGUGUUUUGUGUGCCCUGAUGGGCUGGGAAAGGCUCUGGGAAGCUGCCAGGGCUCCCAGCAUGAGAUAAGAAGAGGCCAUCUGGCCCCUGUUGAGACUCUAAACCAUGGAAACAGACCAAGCCCCUCAGCGCCAGGCUGAAAGCAGCCAGCCCCGGGCCCGGCAGGAGGCAGAGCACCAUCCCCGCCUUCUUCAGCCCCCUCACAGAUAAAAGAGACAAAGAAAACUCCAGGCCGACCCCCUGCACCCCAAAUAAAGGCUGUGAGCCCUCGGGGGCUCCCCUGGCUGCCUGUCCUGUGAAGAUCCUGGCCUUGCCACAGCUGGAGGGAGCCCGGGAAGAGCUCCCUGGAGCCGAGCAGGGGGUGCAGGGCACAUCCCAGGCAUGGAAAACACCCCUGGAUCCCCUGGAGCUUCAGGUGGAGUCUCAGAGCCAGAGCAAAGCCUCCGGUGGGGCUGGGGGGGAUUCCUGGUGCUGCAGCCUCUCCCAGGGCUCGGAGCACAGCGGGAUCGGCGCUCACGGGAACAAAUCCCGGUUAUUUCCUGGAGAAACGGCCUCAGGGAGCAGGAAAGCACAGCCCUGGAGCAGAGUUACUUCUGGGCCAGGUUUUGCUGGGACUGAGAACACGAAUCCUGUCCCAGGGGCUGCUCCCAGCGGGGUUUGCUGCUCUCCUCAGCCCCUCAGGGAGCGGGGCCAGACCCCGGAGGGCUCCUGCGGGCAGCUCUUCUGCCAGGACUCCCAAGGGAACAGGGUCAUUGCUCACAGGGCCAGGGGCAGCUCCCUGGGGGCCAGCCCCAGCCCCAGCCAGCCCUGGGGGCUGCAGUCCCUGUUCACACAGGACUCGCAGGGGAACAGGGUCAUCAAGCACUGCUGAGUGCCCCCAGCACCUCUGUGUUCUCUGAGAUCUUGCUUUAAUCCAAAUAAAAGGUUGGAGUUUGGUUCUAA